UUCCGGAAUAUGUGUACAAAAAAUUUACUAAGUUGUGUGUUAACAUUUUUAACAUUUUUAAAGGACAAUUUGAGUGGUUUGGUGUAGUUGUCCUUAUAGACGGAUUAUAGAAGUGAAGUACAAAUUACAUAGUCCACAUAUGAAUUGUCAUCUUUCAUAAGUAUAUUCAGGAUUUCCUCUGAAUAUUUCUGUUAUUUUCACACCGGAAGCAAGACAACAAACUUAACAAGUGGUAGUUGAUGCAACACUAUAACCAGAGAGUAAUGGAAGAUUUAGAUGCAUUACUGGCUGACCUUCAGAACACCACCACACAAGUACGACAGUACCAGCACGGGGACGGAUCCAAUCGCUCGGGGGACGUAGGUCAGUCCAGGGAGCCGGUACAGAACCAUGCUCAGUACAGGAGCACUAACAAUGAGUACAACGAGAGGUACACACAGAGGUCCAGCGGCAGCGAGACACCACCUCCCCUACCACCACCGCCACCCCAGGAACUUCUGGAGAGCAUUCCACCCCCCAAACAGUUUGAUCAGCCGAUGUAUUACGAGACAGGGGUGACACAGGUGCAGUCGGACCAGCCGCGGACAUCACAACUCAGCAACAAUCUGUCUGAGCUGGACCAGCUCCUGAAGGAUCUCAACUCGGCUCAGUUCAUGGCAGAAGUGGACAAACGCAAUUCAGGAAGUCAGCCUAUUACAAAUGGGGGAGGUAAACAGCCCCCUCCUGUGGCCCCGAAACCCUCCCGCGAGGACAGAACCUCCGUAGGGGGCCUCCUAGAUAUGUUAGAAGGGUCCGUGCCUGACACACCCAAUAAUAACUAUAGAAGUCCCCCUGCCAAUGAUAACUAUGAAUACACAUCAGAUGUCCCCCCUCCCCAGCCUCAACAGACCACCAUUCAGGUCCAGCCCAAACCACAAGCUACUUCCACGGCAACCCGGGAGCUGGAUGAACUCAUGGCAACACUGUCAGGGUUCAAGGUCAGUGGAGGUAGCUCACACGAGAGAACCCAGAGAUCAGUCUCCCCCUCCAGUGAACCCCCCUACGCUAAACCCCAGAAAAGAACCCCUUCUCAGAGCAGUGCCCCAUCCACCCCUGCUGCACCCCAGAGAGAAGAACUAGAUUCCAUGUUGGGAAAUCUUCAUGAAGACAUGAAGAGCCAAGGAGUAACAACCAAAACUAAGGGGGUCUGUGGGGCAUGUAACCAGCCUGUGAUUGGUCAGGUGAUAACAGCUUUAGGAAAGGUAUGGCAUAUAGAACACUUCACCUGUGCUAACUGUAACCUACCGCUGGGCACUAAGAACUUCUAUGAGAGGGACGGAGCCGCAUAUUGUGAAGAGGACUACCAUAAAAUAUUCGCCCCAAAGUGUGCCUACUGCAACGGCUCUAUUGUAGAUAAAUGUGUAACAGCUUUAGAUAUGACGUGGCAUCCGGAGCACUUUUUCUGUGCGCAGUGUGGAAGACCUUUCGGUGAUGACGGAUUCCAUGAAAAGAAUGGAAAGGCAUACUGCCGACAAGAUUUCCUGGAGAUGUUUGCCCCCCGCUGUGGUGGGUGUGGCCACCCAAUCCUAGACAACUACAUUUCAGCCCUCUCUAGACACUGGCAUCCCGAGUGUUUUGUCUGUAGGGACUGUCACCAGCCAUUUGGAGGUCGUAGUUUCUUUGACCACGAGGGUUUGCCAUACUGUGAGACCCAUUACCACGCCAAGCGGGGCUCCUUGUGUGCCACCUGCCAGAAGCCCAUCACGGGCCGCUGUAUCACUGCCAUGAGCAAGAAGUUUCAUUUAGAACAUUUCACGUGUGCCUUCUGUCUAAAACAACUCAACAAAGGGACAUUUAAGGAACAGAACGACAAGCCCUAUUGUCACCCUUGCUUUGUUAAACUGUUUGGCUGAGGACCACACCCCUACAUCUAAUAGUCAAGUUAUGCAGGCUUUUGUUAUGAAAUAUAUACAAUAUUGUAUUUUUAUAUGACAUAUCUAUGAUAUAUCUUUAUUUGGAUGACAUUAUUUUUACAUUAAUCACCUUUUUUCACAUCAGCGAACUUUUUGCUUGUUAGAUUCAUAUUUUAGUUGUUUAUGUCGUAGUUUUGCCAGCAAAAAUCAAUGGUAUUGCUUCAAUGUUAAGUUUUCUCUUUUAUAUUUACAUAUAAAUUGAUGAACAAAACUGACUAUCUUUUACAUGUAAAUCAGGAUAACCGAGGCCAUACUAAAUGUGAUCAUGAGAGGAUGCUCAAUAAACACCAGAUAUCUGUAUUUUACAGUGUAUUACACUUGUUUCCAGUUAAAUAGUAAAAUGUGAAAGUAUUUGUUGCCAUCUUUAAUUACUAUAUUACCACAAUGUGAAUCAGUUCCAUUUUAAUGCAUUAUUUAACCUCUUUUUCUAUCCAUUUCAAGUUGCUUUAAUGUACAUGUAUCUGGUACGGCUUUUUUAUAGACAGUUUUAUAAAGCUUUGCAAUUUGUAAUUAAUUUAUUUAAAAUGUUCACUGUUCAGACAAGCGAUAUAUUUUAAAGGGGAAAUAAAAGAUUUCCAUAAAAGUAAGAUUCAGAUUUGGAUAGAUGUUCCCAAAAGAUGCUAGCAUAUGAAGUGAUGGUGGUGAUAUUAAUAUACUAUAUAAAAUUUUGUUUAGAGUCUAUAUGCAUACAUUUAAGGUAGCCAUAAUGAGUAAAAUUGUAACAGAACUGGAUCAUGGAAACAUCUAUAAAGGCUUGUGAUAUAAUGCAUUCAAUAGUUUAUCUUGUCCAACAUCAUGAUAAUAAAUUUAAAGAUAUGCA